GUUUUGACAUUUGUGGAUUUAUAUCAGUGUGAGGACAAAUCUAUAUAAAAAAAAUAUCCGAAAUCAAUUAAAAUCGUCUACAUAAUGGUCACCGAAGAGCCCACCGAAAACCCCGUCGUCGACGACACUAAAUCCACAAAAAAACCGGAUCCUUUAACGCCCUUCACUCUUGAAAUCCUCAAAGUGAUCAAAAACGCCCAACAACAGCACGGCCUCCGGCACGGCGACUUCCAGCGCUACCGAGGCUACUGUUCUCGCCGCAUCCGGCGCCUCCGUAAAGUCCUCAAGCUGCCCCAAGGCGAUCGACGCCACUUCAAAAAACGCGACGUCACAGAGGGCCACAUUAUCGACAAAAAAGCCGACGAGCGCUACCUGGAGAUCCCUCUGAUGCUCUCCGAGCGCUGCUGGGCUUACGCUAUGCAACUACGCCAAGAGGCCAAUACCGAACCUAGGAAAAAGUUUCACCUGAUUCAGAAACUACGCAAGGCUUGCGUCUACGCCCUCCAACUGGAAGAAUUAUGCCAACAGGAGCGGUGCGACGCCAGAACUAAACUCGAAUCGCAAGCUUACGUGGCGUGGAUUCAGGGUAGUCUCCAAUUUGAGCUCCAAAUCUGGCUCAAAGCCACUGAAAAUCUGAAAAAGGCGCAAAUGAUUUACGAGAAACUCGCUUCAGCUUUGCCGGAAAACGAGCAAGCGCCUUAUAAACAAAGGGUGGUGGAGAUUACUCCCAGUUUGCGUUACUGCGCUUAUAAUAUUGGGGAUGAGAAAGCUGUUGAUUUAUUAGAAUUGAGGAGUCAAGGGGUUUUGGAUAAUUUCGACGCUUUGGUGUCCCAAUCCAAGCAAAAAACUGAAGCGGUUCUCCACGAAGUGCAAUGGUUUGGGAUUAAAAUCCCGGUCAGAAUCGAACGAGUCAGACUGUUUCUUUUGAGUAUUGAAGGUUUGGAUGAAUCUUUGAUUCAUGCUGAAAAUAAUCAAGCGAAAAUUAAAAUUCUCGAAAAUUUAUUUAUCGAUUUGAGGGACAUUAUUUCGCUAGCUCGAGACGUCGUAAGGACGGAAAAACAGGACCAACUCUUGCUGUCUUAUUUGUUAUCAAUUCGAGUUGAGAGAACGUCCCAAAGACACUUACUAUUAAUGCAACAGACUCGAAAAUCACAAGAUUGUGUCCGUUUACUCGACAUAAUAAUCCAACAAACGGGCGAGUUGUCUCAGAAUGAGUCAAUCAAAGACGUGAAACUCGCUCAGGAUUAUUACAACCAACAAUUGCAAGCCUUCAAAGCAUUGCGAGUUUAUUUCCUUGCGAAAACGCAAGCGGCCCAAAAACGUUACAAAGAAGCCGCCGUUUUGUACGAUUCUGCUUCCAAAGCCCUGAGUAAACUCCCAGCGAAAAAUAAGUUUCUCAAAGAACUCGAUGAUUUAUUAAAAAGUGUUAGAGAGAGCGUCGAUGUUGAUAAGAUCACAGCUCAGGCUAACUGUGUUUUGGAUCAGCAAGAAGAUCAGAUUCAAGUUCCUCAAAAGGUGUACAAGAGUAAGAAACCGUUAAUUGAGCGUUUGGAUGAGUUUAGAGAAGAGCCUCAAUUGUUGAGUAAAAAUCCGAAUAUUGUGAGUCUGCCUCCGGCUAUGGAACCGAUUCCUGCUAAACCGCUAUUUUAUGAUUUGGCAUUGAAUUUUGUCGAGUUGCCGGAUUUAACGGAAAAGUUGGAAGGAGGGCAGAAGAAGGAAAAGGGGGCGGGGAUUUCUGGGUUUGUCAAAGGGUUGUGGGGGUGGGGGAAGAAGUAA